GGACCAGGCCAGUAGUCACUCCUCCCAAGUCUCGAAGUCCCGAGUCUCAACCCCCCGUCCCCUCUCUCUCUUUCCAUUCCCAGCUGGCGUUCAUGGAAGCCACCAUCGGCGGCGCCGCCUUCUUCCUGACCAGCAGGUCGGCCUUCCCUCCGGCCACCGGCGCCACCGAGGAGGUGCGAACGCUGUGCGUGGCCGGGAGGCGGCGAGGGGGGAGGGUCAGCUUGGCCCGGAGGGGAGCGGUGAUGGUGGCGGCGGCGCUGGAGAAGGGCGCCGGAAACGGGGGAAAGAAGGCUGGCGGUGCGGUGCCCAACUCCAACUACGUCGUGCCUCUCGAUAAGGCGUCCUGCCUCACCCGCCCGCUUGCCGAGAUCCUCCGGGACCUCAACAAGCGAGUCCCCGACAAGAUCAUCAACACCGCCGACAACUCCAUCCCUUGGUAUCAUACUAACAGAAUGCUGAGCUUUUAUGCCCCAGGCUGGUGUGGAGAAGUACGUAAUAUUACAUUCUCCAACAAUGGAAGUGUGACGGUGGUAUAUCGAGUUACAAUUCGAGGAUCAGAUGGGGAGGCACACCGUGAGUCCACUGGAACAGUGUCUCUAAAUGAUGGACGGUUUGAAGACCCCGUUGCUGCAGCAGAAGAAAUAUCUUUUUGCAAAGCCUGUGCUCGGUUUGGUUUUGGAUUGUACCUCUAUCAUGAAGAGGAGAUUCUGUAGAGAGGAUUAUCUCUCCAUCUCUCAAGUAUUCUAUGACUUUGUCGUCACUUAUAUGAGUUAGAACUGUUUUUAAAAUGUUAAAUCUAUCGAAAUUUUACUCGUGCAUAAGACAUGCAUAUUCCUUAGUGUAAAUAUCAGACACCUGGUGUUGCUGUGCA